AUGAAUAAAAAAUUCAUCAUAUUUUCAUUGUUGCUUGUUUUGGCAACAUGUUAAACAUAUAGUAUAGCACAAUGCACAUGUGCUUAAUUAUUGUCAGAAGGAGAUUGUACUAAAAAUGCCUCUCUUGGUUGUUCUUGGGAUGGCACAAAAAAAGCAUGUGCUGUUUCAACUACUCCUGUAGUUCCAACAGUGACCUAUGCAGCAUAUUGUGAUACUUUUGCUGAAACAGACUGUCCAAAAGCUAAGCCUUGUACAGAUUGUGGUACAUAUGCUGCAUGUGCAUGGGUGGAUAAAAAAUGCACAUACUUUACAGGAUGCACAGCCUUUAACAAAACAACUAAAGAUGAAUGUUAAGCAAUUAGUAAUAGAUGCAUAACAGAUGGAACUCAUUGUGUUGAAAUUGAUGCUUGCAGUACAUACAAGAAAUAACUUCCUUGUGAUAAAAAUGCCGCUGGAAGUUUAUGCUAUUGGGAUGCAACAAAUAACAGUUGUGUAGAUGCUAAUACCUGUGAUAGAUUACCAAUUACAUUUGCUACUGACAAGGAUUGUAGAGAUGUGAUAUCAACUUGUACAACAAAGACUGGAGGAGGAUGUAUAGAUAGUGGAAACAAUUGCAGUGAUUAAACAUUAGAAAUUUAAUGUGUUUGGAAUAAAUUGAAAACAGUUGCUUGCUAUUGGGAUGGAGCAGCUUGCAAAGACAGAAUUUGUGAUAAUGCACCAACAACAUUAACAACUGAUGAAACUUGCAAAGCCUUUAGAACAGAUGGUACAUGCACAACAAAAGCUAAUGGAGGAUGUGUAACCAGAACUACUUGUGCUGCUGCAACUAUCUAAGCUGCUUGUAUUAAGAAUAGCACAGGUGGUGAUUGUUAUUGGAAUGGAACUGCAUGUGUUGAUAAAUCUUGUACAAAUGCUCCAACAACAAUGACUACUAAUUCUGCUUGCGCUGGAUUUGUCACAGGAUGUAUUACUAAAUCAGGAGGAGGAUGUGUAUCCAAUGGAGCUUGCUCAGCUGCAAAUAUCUAAGCAGCUUGUGUUAAGAAUACAUCUGGAAUUGAUUGUAUUUGGGAUACAACAUGCAAAGAAAAAACUUGUGCAAAUGCCCCAAUUACUAAUAAUACCCAUGAUUUAUGUACAUCUUACUUAGCUACCUGCACUGUUAAAUCAGGAGGUGGAUGCUAAAAUAGAACUUGUGCAAAUGCUCCAACAACAUUAACCACAAAUGAUGCUUGUGAAGCCUAUUUACCAUCAAGUAACUGUAUUACAAAGACUGGAGGAGGCUGCGUUGUAAAUACUACAUGCGCACUAAUUUCUUUAGAAGCUGCUUGUAUCAAGAAUUCUUCUGGAGCAACCUGUUUUUGGGAUUCUGCAAGUUCAACUUGUAAGGAUAAAAUUUGCACUAAUGCUCCAUCAUCUAACACUACACAUGAUCUAUGUGUGGCCUUUUUAUCAACAUGCACAGUUAAUUCAGCCAGCGCAGGUUGUGUCGAUAAAACAUGUGAAAAUACAUUAACUUAAGCUAUUUGCGAUAAAGAUUUGAAUAACAAAGUUUGUAUUUGGAAAGGAAAAUGUUACAAAAAGUAAUGUGUGUUAGCUUCAUCAACUACAGCAACUCAUGCUGAUUGUUAAACUUAUGAUUCAAGUUGUACAUUGAGUAAUACCGGUUCAGGAUGCGUACCUAUUCCUCUUAAAUGUGAAGCAAUUACUAUAGAAGCUGCUUGUAAUAUUAGAUUAUAAAUUACAAACUCAGUUAAAUCAUACCCAACAUGUGGUUGGAAUGGUUCAUAAUGUAUUGAUAAGGCUUGUUCUACUGCUCCAAAAACAAUACAAACAACAAAUGAUUGCAAUAAUUACAAAACAGAUUGUGUUGCUAAUAACCCUGUGACUGUCAAUGGUUCUCCUACUAUUUAAGGAUGCUAAGAUCUACCAACAACAUGCGCUGCUAGAAAAUCAUCUGAAAAUUGUUCAAUCACAAGAAUUGGAUUCCCAACAUGCCUUUGGAACAGUACUACAUCUACAUGUGUUGAAAAAUCCUGUACUACUGCUAGUACUGCAGGAACACCAGGUGUACUAUUAACAUUUACUUUCGCUAAUUGUUAAGGAUAUCUCCCUACUUGUAUCUCAAACAACAAUUAAGAUGGAUGUAUUGCUAAACCUUCUAGUUGUUCAGGAUUAAAUUCUUAAAAUUGUCAAUUAGGAUCAAAAGCGAGUGGAGAUUGUUAUUGGAAUGGAACUAGUUGUGUUGAUAGAACUUGUGCAAAUAUUUCUCUAGCUACUCACUUAGCUUGUUAAGGUGUAUUGAAUACAUGCACAACAAAUAAUGGCAAAACUGCUUGUUAACCAUUAGCUGCUACUUGUACUUCCUAUGGUUCAUCUGAGAAUUGUAAAAUUACUUCCACUUAGAAAACUUGUAUAUGGACUGGAACAGCUUGUAGGAGUGCAACUUGUGCUGACGCAGCAGAUAGUGCUUCUUUUAAUACAGAUGCAUUGUGUUCAGCCUAUCCAACACCAAGCGAAACUUGCACUGUAGUUUAUAAAACUGGAGGAUAAGGUUGCGUGACAAGAUCAGCUAAUUGUAGUGAUUAUGUCUCAUAAACUUAAUGCUAUAGAACUUUGACAGCAAGCUCAGAUGACUGUACCUGGAAUGCAAGUCUUAGCAAGUGCUUUUCAAAUACAUAUCUUGCAGGUGCAUGUUCAACUUUUAAAGGAACCAAAACCUAUUGUGAAUAACUGAAAACAGGUUGUACGAAUACAGUUAGUGCUACUGAUGGAGAUGCUUGUACAUUUUCUUGCACAAAUAUAACUGGUCUGACAAGUCCAAAUAAUACUCAUGCAACUUGUUAAGGAUACAAUACUACUUGUACUAUUAAUGUUGCUGGAAAUGCAUGUGUAACCUUAUAAGCAGCUUGCAGUAGUUAUGCAUAAGCAGAUUGUAAUAUCAAAACUGGUAAUUUGAAAUGCUUUUGGAAUGCAAGUGCUUCCCCUGCUGCUUGUGUAGAUAUUACCUCAGCUAAUUGUAACCUUCUUGCAUCAUUAACAAGUCCAAAUAAUGAUCAUGCCUAUUGCUAAGGAUUUAGUACUAGCUGCACUAUUAAUGUUGCUGGAACAGCAUGUAAACCUUUGUAAGCUACUUGCGCUGGAUACAUUUAAGCUGAUUGUGAAACAAAAACUGGUGGUUUGAAAUGCUUUUGGAAUGCAAGUGCUUCCCCUGCUGCUUGUGUAGAUAUUACCUCAGCUAAUUGUAACCUUCUUGCAUCAUUAACAAGUCCAAAUAAUGAUCAUGCCUAUUGCUAAGGAUUUAGUACUAGCUGUACUAUUAAUGUUGCUGGAACAGCAUGUAAACCUUUGUAAGCUACUUGCGCUGGAUACAUUUAAGCUGAUUGUGAAACAAAAACUGGUGGUUUGAAAUGCUUUUGGAAUGCAAGUGCUUCCCCUGCUGCUUGUGUAGAUAUUACCUCAGCUAAUUGUAACCUUCUUGCAUCAUUAACAAGUCCAAAUAAUGAUCAUGCCUAUUGCUAAGGAUUUAGUACUAGCUGUACUAUUAAUGUUGCUGGAACAGCAUGUAAACCUUUGUAAGCUACUUGCGCUGGAUACAUUUAAGCUGAUUGUGAAACAAAAACUGGUGGUUUGAAAUGCUUUUGGAAUGCAAGUGCUUCCCCUGCUGCUUGUGUAGAUAUUACCUCAGCUAAUUGUAACCUUCUUGCAUCAUUAACAAGUCCAAAUAAUGAUCAUGCCUAUUGCUAAGGAUUUAGUACUAGCUGUACUAUUAAUGUUGCUGGAACAGCAUGUAAACCUUUGUAAGCUACUUGCGCUGGAUACAUUUAAGCUGAUUGUGAAACAAAAACUGGUGGUUUGAAAUGCUUUUGGAAUGCAAGUGCUUCCCCUGCUGCUUGUGUAGAUAUUACCUCAACUAAUUGUAACCUUCUUGCAUCAUUAACAAGUCCAAAUAAUACUCAUGCCCAUUGUUAAUCAUAUAGUACUGACUGUACUAUUAAAACUGGAGCCACUGAAUGUAGAGCUAUUUAAGCAAAUUGCACUGGUUAUGCUGAAGCGGAAUGUAAUGUCAAAACUGGUGGUUUGAAAUGCUUUUGGAAUGCUGCUGCUACUCCUGCUGCUUGUGUAGAUAUAACCUCAACUAAUUGUAAUCUUCUUGUAUCAUUAACAAGUCCAAAUAAUACUCAUGCAAUUUGUUAAGGAUACAGCACUGAUUGUACUAUUAAUGCUGCUGGGAAUGCCUGUAAGCCUUUGUAAGCUACUUGCGCUGGAUACAUUUAAGCUGAUUGUGAAACAAAAACUGGUGGUUUGAAAUGCUUUUGGAAUGCUGCUGCUACUCCUGCUGCUUGUGUAGAUAUUACCUCAGCUAAUUGUACUCUUAUUACAGGAUUAACAAGUCCAAAUAAUACUCAUGCAAUCUGUUAAGGAUACAGCACUGAUUGUACUAUUAAUUCUGGUGGAACAGCAUGUGUAGCACUUACCUGCGAAACUGCUCCAGUUGCAAGCCCUAGUUUUGCUAAUUGCUAAGCUUAUAAUACAUCUUGUAGUGUAAAGAGAGAUGGAAGUGGCUGUGUUACAAUUUAAGCAUCGUGCUCAGGAUAUACAUCAAUAGUUAAUUGUUAUAAAUCCACUGCUGGUUAUUGCAUUGCUAAUAACUCAGAUAAUUCAUGUCUCAGUUUGACAGCAUCAACUACUUGUGAUGCUUUAUAUUUAGGAGCAGGAAACUAUACUCAUGCAAAAUGUAACUUAUUUAAAGAUAGUUGCACUAAUUUAAGUACAACAGGAUGCUAAACUAAAACAUGUGCUAAUUAUGCAGGACCUACUUUUAAUCAUGUUAAUUGUAAUGGUUGGUUGAAUACUUGUACUACAAAUGUUGGAAAUACCGCAUGCACAACUAUGCCAGCAACAUGUGCCGUCUAAACACAAGCAUCAUGCCUUUGGUCAGUUGAAGGAGAGUGUGUAGUCUAAGGUACAUCUUGUGUCAGAAAGACCUGUGAUACUGCACUUCCAGCUUCAAGCUUUGGUACUCAUUCUCUCUGUAUCGGUUAUUUAUCUUCAUGCACUGUUGCAAGAACAGGAGGUUGCUAAGCAAGAGCUGCUUGUUCAACUUAUAAAUCAAGCUUAUAAUGUAAAUUCAAUACAAGCGGUGGAAGAUGUUUCUGGAAUCCAACCAACUUGACUUGUGUUGAUUUGAAUUGUGGUAAUAUUGAGGCCACAUCUUCAUAUGAUACUCAUGCUGAAUGUGUAGCAGUAGAUUCAUCAUGCACAGUUAGAGCCUCAAAUGGCUCUGCUGCUCCUGGUUGUAUGGCUAGAGGAGCAUGCAGUGCAUAUACUAUUGAAGAUCAAUGUAGAACAAAUGCCAGUAAUGGUGUUUGUGUUUGGAAUACUAAUUUAACUCCAGCUGUUUGUCAAGAUAAAUCAUGUACUAGUGCUCCAAAUUCUACUACAACUCAUAAUGAUUGUUAUGCUUAUUAUAAUACUGCAUCAGUAAAAUGCACAGUGGCUGCCAUUCCAAGUAAUAGUGGUGGUAAUCCUACAUUGUAAGGAUGUUAAUAAACAGCAGCAUGUUCAACUUACAUUGAUAAAGAAUAAUGUCAAAUUAAUGCUAAUGGGGAUCCAUGUGGAUGGAAUGGAACAUAAUGUGCUGACAAAUCUUGCGCAACUGCUCCUGCCACCGCCGAUUAUGAUGAUGAUACAAAGUGUAGAGCUUACCUCUCGAAUAAAUGCACUGUCUCAGAAUCUGGAUAAGGAUGUGUAGAUAUUCCUGCCACUUGUGAAACAAUGACAUAGAAAUAAUGCUAUUUUAAUAAGGCUGGUGAUCCAUGCUAUUGGAAUGGAACAGCUUGCAUCACAAGAACAUGUGAAAAUGCUCCUGAUGCAACAGUUACAGCUGAAGAAUGUAAUACAUAUUUAGCUGGAUGCACUUUAGAUAAUGUUAAAUGUAAACCAAAGGUAUGUGAAGAUUUCGCAUUUGCCACAGAUGCCUUAUGCAAAUAAGCUCUUAGCACUUGUACAACCAAUGGUACAAAUUGUGUUACUAGAGGAACUUGUUUCCAAGCUUUGAAUCAAGCUGGUUGUGUUACUUCAUCAACAAAUCAAUAAUGUGAAUGGAUGCCAGCUGCAGGUACUAAUUAAGCAUAUUGUACCAUAAAGACAUGCAGUACAGCCCCAGUUACUUUAACUUCAGAAGCAGCCUGUGCAGGUUAUUUCACAAAUUGUACUACAAAGAAUGGUGGUGGAUGUGUUGCUAAGACUACUUGUUCAGCUGUCACAAUUGAUGCUGCCUGUACAACUGCUCUUAAUGGUACAAUUUGUGCUUGGGAUAGUGCAUAAAAUAGAUGCAGAGACAAAGAUUGUUAAGAUUUUAGUGGAACAACUCAUGCAGCAUGUUAAGCCUAAAGAGCUGGAUGUACUGCUGGUGCAAAUGGAAAAUGUGCCAAAGUUUAAAAUUGCGAACAAACUUAAAUUAGAAGUGCUUGUAUUGAAGGAACAAAUGGACCAUGUUUGUGGAUUAAUGAUUUCGUUAACACUGAUGGAUCAAAAGGAGCUUGCUUCAGAUAUACAUCAUGCAAGAGUUUAUCUUGGAAUACUGAUACAUAAUGCAAAUGGAUUAGUAAAUAAUGCACAACAAAUGGGUCUGGUUGUAUUGGAAUUACUUAAUGUUCAGAAACCAAUACAGAUGGUGGAUGUGUCACAGGAUAUGACGGCGCUUGUAUCUAAUCAGUACCAGCUUUGAAUUCUCCAGAUCCAAAGGUUUGUAAACCAUAUACCUCUUGCGCAGAUGCUUUCUACACAACUCAUUCAGAUUGUUAGAUAGCUAGUAGAUAGUGUACAACAAAUGGAACAACUGGUUGCAUAGCUUUGGGUGCUUGUUCUUCUUAUACUUCACAAGCAGGAUGUUAUUUCAAUGAUAAAGGAGUUAUUUAUACAUCUGGAUCUAUUACUUCAACUGGAAUUUGUACUUGGGAUACUACUUCUAAUAGUUGUAGAGAUUAAUCAUGUGCAGAUUUAACUGGUACAAACCAUUCCACAUGUUCUUCAUAAUUGUCAACAUGCACAUCAGAUGGAACUACUUGUUUACUCAAAGGAGCAUGUUCAUCAUACACAACUUAAACUGCCUGCACAACAGCAGUUGGAUCUGAUGGUAUUUGCUAUUGGGAACUUGCAUCUGCAACCAAUAAUAACACUGCUAAAUGUAGAUUAUAAACUUGUGCUGAUAUUCAAAAUGGUACCUCCACAAAUGUUUGCCUAGUUGCUUUAUCUUCUUGUGUUUCAAACGGAACUGCAUGCAUUCCUAAAGCCAAUUGCUCAACUUACACAACUAAAACUGCUUGUAAUUCUGGUGGAUUGGAUGGAAUUUGUGUAUUUACUUAAUCUACUGCCACUGGAGCUGCUGCAGGUACUGGUACUUGUGCUUUAAUGACAGCUUGUACAACAGCUAAUAAUGAUUAAAUUGCUUGCUAAGCUGCCAAGGAUAGAUGUUCAUGGACUCCAGCAUCAGGAACUGGAGCCACUGCUGUUGCAAGUAAAUGUGCUUCUCACACUUGCGCUACAAACUAAGCAACAAAUGGAGUUUGUACAAGAUUUUUGAAUUGGGACAAAAAGACCUAAUAAGUUUGCACUCUUGUCAGUGGUGCAUGCACAGCCACAGAUCCAUCAACUUUGUCAUUAAAUGAUUGCUUCUUGGUUUCUGGUUAUACAUAUACCUGGAAUGCAUCAACAAGCAAAUGUGGAGUUUGCACUGCAGUUGUUGUUUAACCAAAUAAUACAGAUAACAACACAAACAACACUGAUAACAAUACAACAACUGAUUCAGGAUACAUACUUGGAUUAUCAACAAUCGUUUUUGGAUAUCUCAUGUUCUGA